AUGGAAGUUAAAACUCUUGUUAAGUCGGAUACUCAGAUUUCAAUAUCGAAUAAUUUAAAUGGUUUGUCGGGGUUCGAUCACAGCGUCAAAGUCACUCGCGUUAUUUCGCGAAUGUGUGGCGUUUGGCCUGGUUUCGAAGAGAAAAAAAGCUUCACUGAAAGAUUCUUUUUCAUCGUACCUGGCAUGGUGACAUUUUUUUCAAUAACUUUGCCUCAACUACGAAGGGUGAUGAUCCACAGGAAGGAUUUGAGCACAGUGCUCGAACUCAUGACGACCGGAAUUGUUAUGGAACUCAUAUCCAUUCUCAAGUUAUUGGCAAUUCGAUAUAAUCAAAGUGGUUUAAGGUGGCUACUACGCAGAAUGGUCGACGAUUGGAAAAUUUACGACAAAGGACAAUACUACAAAAUAAUGUGGGUCUACGCAAGACACACGAACACCAUAGUAACCAUAUGCAUCGCGCUUACCACCGGCAACAUAGCGGCCCAAAUAAUAAGACAGUACGCGAUCUACAUCAUCGAACGACACUACUCCUCUGCUAAUGAGACGGUCAUAAAGCCUACGAUCCUCAAAUCCGAUUUUUACUUCAACGAGCAGAUAGAGGGUAUCUAUGAACUAGUCGUGGCUGCCCAAAUUCUGGGCGGCUUCAGUGUUGCAUUUUCAUUUACGGCUUUCGACGGCUUCUUCGUCUGUUCCAUCAUGCACGUCAGUGGGCAGAUUCACAAGCUUCAGAUGCAGAUAGAAGAUCUGGUGCAGUGCUACGAGAGAAGGGAAGGCGCUUUUAGCGAGGUUCUCGGUCCGAUCGUUCAUCGUCAUCGGGAUCUUCGCGGAUACGCCGCUGUUAUAGAGGAAAAUUUUAACAAAAUUUUCUUAGUCCAAAUGCUGGUGACAUCUGUAUUUCUGUGCCUCCAAGGCUUUGAGUUUGCGAUGGUUGUAGCCGAAGGUGGUACGGAGAUGGUGCCCCAUUUGAUCUUCAUAGUAUGCUUCGUAGCCUCCAACCUCGUCAGCAUCUUCACAUACUGCUUUGUAGCGGAGCAACUGCGAACACAGAGCAAUCAGCUGUUUCGAUCGAUUUUUCAAAUUCGAUGGUACGAUUUAACGCCAAAAGACUCGAGAUUACUUAUUAUAAUUAUGGUACAAACGAAAAAGCCAAUUGAAAUCACCGUUGGAAAAUUCGUGCCUUUUUCUCUAGAUUACUUUUGUUCUGUUCUCAAAACUUCUGCUGGAUACUUGUCAGUUUUACUUUCUAUGAAGGAUAGACUUUAG